AUGGCUCGGGGCAUGAUGCGGCGACAGGCCGCUGUUGGCGUGGUGGCUCUGGCACUUUCCGGCGGUGGAAGCUCAGCCAGCGCCUUCGUCUUGGGCCCUUCAAAGGGAGGGCUUCGAUCGAAGGCACCGAGAACGCCGGCGGUCCGACCGCUGCAGAUGGCGGGGGGUGGUCCGAGAGGGAGAUCUGGCGGGGCCCCCGUGCGCAUCGAAGGAGCGGAUGGUUCGAGGGUGGUUGUCGCUUCGGCGAUGCCCGUUCAGGGGAUUCCGCAGCAGCAGUCCAUGAGUGUGGACGGGGACGGGUAUGACGACAGCGAGAUGGUGGAAGGCGCUAUCGGAGCAGCAUCGGGGAUGCAACAGGAGGAUUACCAGGGCUUCACUGGCGGACAGGAGAGGAGAACGAAUCAGGUGGUGGAUCCCAACAGCCGAGAGGCGACGCUAACGAGGAAGAACAAGCUGCUCUUCGGGGGACUGGUCGUGGCAACGGUCACAGCUGGGGUGUGGGUAACUGGAACGGCAUUCGUUAACCGGCAGACGGAUCUAGUGGAGGCCUUUGCGGACGAGAUGACCUACCACAUCGGCGACGAGAAGGAGAUGGAGCUUUGCAUCAAGGAGUACAAGGGGAAGCUGGGCCCCGCCAUGUACCGAGAAGCCAUGUUCAAGGAGUGCAUGCUCGCUGUGGGCCGGAAGAAAGCGGUAACCCUGGAGACCGUGAGGUCGAUCAAGUUCAUUUUCAAGCAGUUCCGACUCUCCCCGUUGAAGGGGGUGAAGCUGGUGGUGGCGGCCACGAGACGAACGGACAGGUCUCAGUCGAACGUCCGGUCCAAGCUGCUCUUCCUGGGGGGGCUGGUUGCCGAGGGAGACAUCAAGGCCCAGGAGGCGUUGGAGCCUCUCAGGCAGAACGUGCAGUCGUCGUUCCCGGUGGACGGAGCGAACAUGCUCAAGAUCAAGGAGCGGGAUAUGGCCGAGUCCGCUCUCAGGGCUGCAAUCAGCGACGUGCCUGAGGGAGAGAUGCUUGAGUCGGGCUGGGAAGAGCUCGGAAUGGACGAUCAGUGGGCAGCUAGGGUAGCGACGGACAUGGUGGACAACGAUGACCCAGCUGGGGGGCUCGACUUCUACAAGACGGGAGGCCCGCCGACAGGCGAUGCGGAGUCCGACCCCGAGGCGGCGAAGGCUCUCGCUGCAAUGGAGGAGGACAUGGCGGCCAAGAAGACGGAGCCACAGGACGAGAAGGAGCCGGAAGCGGAGGGGACGGCCAAGGCCUACGAGUGCACGGUCUGCGGGUACAAGAUGUUCGUAGCCAAGGGGCGAGAAUUCAAGUUUUUCGGGGACGACUUCAAGUGCCCAGAGUGUGGAGCGGGCAAGAACAAGUUCUUGGAGUCAAGCAUGGACGACGAUUAAAUUCAUAAUAGCAUUUCGUUUCAUGCAAGGUUAGGUCGGAUAUGGAAUAUUUUUUGGAAAGCCUAGCUCGCUUUUGCCCGCUGACGUCCGUUUUUGAUUGGGUAAACGAAUCGUAAGGGGCUCACAUCGAGUUGGCUGCAGUGCCUAUCCGAAUCGAUUGAUGAAUUUGAUGAGUGUCGGUGAUCACAUUCUUCCCGUGAACCUUUCGACAGCAACCGGUGCAGGCAUCCCGGAUGAACUCACUUCGCUUGUGUCUACGCUACGCUGGUUCUAUGGGGUAGAUUUGUCCAACUGUUUCUGCCCACAAUUCCCUGUCUACAUCCGUCAGCAGCCGUUGAUAUGUGUAGAAUUUCGCGUGCGCAUCUGGGGAAUUUGUUCAUCCAGCACACUUGAGCAUCGCAACUGGGUCAGUUAGGGGCCACAGCGAGGCCAUCAUAUCAUUCUAGUGCUGUUUUGCCGACAAGCAGGGGGUAUUUGGGGAGGUUGCGUUGAGUUUGGUGGUCUGGGCGUCGCCAAUUAUUUCUGCAAGUGGUUACCAAGGUAUGAUGUGGCAGAGCGAUAUGAGGGAGCUCUGAAAUGUUGGGAUUUCGAGUUUUGGGGAGUAAGGGUGGUGCAAACACUCGAGGAGAAGAAGAUUAGCGAGUAAGUCUUCUUUCUUGAAUUCGAUAAGCUUCAGACGGGGAAUUUUCGUGCAACAGGUGCAAGGGUAGUCUAGACGGGCGUCGCGAAAAAAAAAAACAGUCGUCUUUUUCAAAUUCCGGAAGUUAUUGUCUCACUUUGUCUCAUUGGCUCACAUACAUGCCCCGUUGCCGUGGGCAUUUGAGCUUGAGGUUGGCAUGUCGCCUACAAGUCUUCAUUUUUCUGUUAACACUGAAAACGGC